CCUUAUCUCUAGAGGAACGUACCCAAGAGGCAUUUAAAACCCUGUCGUUUCAAUCCUGCUCCAGUCCUUGAACAGACACUGCCAAGAUGAACUCUAUUGUUGUCAUUGCGUCUCUGGUGGUUUUGUGUGCCGUGCAGGCGCAGGGUGUACCAACGACAACGAAGCCGCAUCAUCACCACAGUCACCAGACGCAUGCCGCCCAUGCCCACACCACACACGAGGCCAAGGAGACAGAGAACUACUCCUUCGUCUAUGACGGGAGAAGUCAUGACCUCGUGGUGAAGACGGCUGACCAGUGCUAUGUCAUGCCACUGACGGACAGACAGAGAGGCAUGAUCCACGACCCUGCUGAGAUCAAGAAAGUUGAGGCUGCGGCACUCAAGCUGAUCAUUGACAACUCUAUCCAGACCCCUGUUGACCAGUCCAUUCUUGACCACCAUCUUGCACAUUUCUGCAAAGGUUCCGCCAAGAUCAUCGUGCUGGCCAACAAUUAAACUAUGUUCCCAUUGUCAUAACGUUUCUACUCAUGUAACUUAAGAUGCCCUGUGGUUGGAAGAGAAAUAUAAACUGGAUUAUGGAA